AUGCCCGAGAUCGCAGAAGUUGCGCGCGUUGUUAGCUUCUUGAAGAAACAUGCAGUUGGGAAAACUAUCGAGGCCGUCAAGGCACAGGAGGAUAACAUCAUCUUUGGAAAGGUCGGCACUUCAGCGACCGCAUUCAAGGAGGCCAUGACCGGCAAGAAGAUAGUUGAUGCGCGCCAGCAAGGAAAAUACUUUUGGCUGGUCAUGGACUCGCCGCCACAUCCUUUGAUGCACCUUGGAAUGGCCGGCUGGAUGAAAUUCAGCAAUGAUGAAUCAGCAUACUAUCGCCCAACAAAGCCCGAAGAAGCAGAAUGGCCACCAAAGUACUGGAAGUUCAUCUUGCAAUUGAAAGACUCCAAAAACGAAGUCGCGUUGGUGGAUGCAAGGCGACUUGCUCGUGUCAGAUUAGUCGAUGCUGCUGCCGAAGAUAUGAGGAAGACUACACCACUAAAAGAGAACGGGCCGGAUCCUGUCAUCGACAAAGACAUUUUGACAGUGGAUUGGCUGAGUAAGAAACUACGGAGCAAGAAGGUGCCUGUGAAAGCAUUGCUUCUUGAUCAAGCGAACAUCUCGGGUAUAGGAAACUGGGUUGGUGACGAGGUCAUGUACCAGGCUCGUCUACAUCCGGAGCAAUACAGCAACACCUUUAGCGACGAGCAGAUAAAACGGCUGCACGAUGCUAUCAUGUAUGUCUGCGAUACCGCUGUAGAGGCCAACGGGGACUCAGAUGCCUUUCCCAAAGACUGGUUGAUGAAGCACAGGUGGGGCAAAGGCAAAAAGGAAGCACAGAAGCUCCCCACUGGAGAGAAGAUUACGUUCCUCAAGGUUGGUGGGCGAACUUCGGCUAUCGUACCAAGUGUCCAGAAGAAGACAGCAGCUGUUGCUGGUGACGUAUCUGAAAGCGCAGGUGAAGAGGAUGCAGAAGAGGAGGCGAAGCCUAAAAAGGGCGGCAAGAGGAAGGCAGAGCCUGUGAAGGAGGAAGACGAUGAACCCGAGGAGGCACCGGCCAAGCCAAAGCGAGGGCGCAAGAGUGCGAAGGAGCAAGUCAAGGAAGAGAUUAAGGAAGAAUCGUCCAACGAAGCAGAAGAGGUCCCAGCCAAGGUCAAGCGAGGACGCAAGAAUGCCAAAGAGGAGGCGAAAGAUAAGACUGUCGGUGCUACGGAUGAGAAGCUACCAGCAAGAACGAAGCCUAACAGCAAGAAGGCAAAAGCAGAUGUCAAAGAGGUCGACGAGGCAGUCGAUGAGGAAGCAGCUGAUGGAGCGGAGGAUACGCAGCCAACGAAGAAACGCAAGACUGCUAUGAACGGCACCGCAAAGAAGACCAAGGCUACCGCUAAAGAAGUGACCAAAGGCGAGGAGACGAGUGAAAAGCGGCGAUCUGGACGUCUGUCAAAGUAA